CAGGUUGAUGCUGUAUGCAGUUGCAUAUCUAGCAUAAUGGGCAGGUGGCCCUGACUGACACUCCGAGGUAUCUACAGUACAUACAGAAAGUGCCCCUGCAGCUCCCCAUUAUACGGCAUCUCCUAAGCAAGGGCGGCUUUAAAAAUAACCUUGUUAAAAGUACAGUAUUGCUAACUUAAGACAAAUGGAAAAUCUCUACUGGACAAAAACAUCAUCAGGCGCUUGUGUAUAUUGUUACACAAUGUCCACACCCACUUUGCUUUCGUCAUUUGCAAAAGGCUUACGUGCAUACUGUACUCCUCAUUAUCACAACACCUUUGGAAAAGAAUGCAGUAUAACACGGAACAGAGAUAACCAAGCGCAGCUCUUUGGGAGAAAUGCAAAAUAUUUCAAAGAAAACAUUUUUAAAAUGGAAAAGUCAUUGAAUUUGCCUCCACAUGUUCAUGAAUGGACAAGAGAUCAUGUAAUACUGUGGGUGACUGAACAACUUAAACUUGACUCCACUGUUGGAAACAUAUUAUACAAUCAAGAAGUGACAGGGGAGAGUCUGAAAAUAUUAUCUAAAAAUGACUUUGUGGAAAUGGGCAUUAAACAUGGACCUGCAGCUUUGUUAGCUCAUCACAUAAAGAAAAUGAGCCCGCCCAACACCCAGAAUUUCCAACAAGACACCACAAGCAUCAGUGAGAUAAGUGCAAAGAGAAAAAAAAAUCAAUCCCAAAAAGUCCAGAGCAGUUGUGUCACACUUCAAGAUAAAAUAAAAACAACUACAGAAGAAAAUCUACCAAAGGAAUUAGAGAAAGUAAAAGCAACCUGCCCUGAGAGUGAUUAUAGUCAUGUAAGAGUAACUCCUUACCCUUUUGAUAGCACUCAUGAAAGCAAAUGCUAUACCCAACACCACUGUCUUCCACCCGAAUCCGGUGCAUCCAAUUUAAUUGACCCAGUACAUGAGUACAAGGAAUUUACCAACAUAGCAAAUGCCACAGAAGAAGAUAAAAAGAUGAAAUUUUGCAAUGAAGUUUUCAAGUUUGCAGCUGCAUGCAUGAAUGUCCGUACAAAUGGCACCAUCCAUUUUGGUGUACGUGACAAACCACAUGGCGAAAUUAUUGGCAUUGUUAUAGAUGACAUUGAAACUUAUGUCAGGUAUAUUGAUCAAAUGGUGAACAAAUACUUUGAUGAAAAACAAGUAGAUAUUGCAAAACAGUGCAUUCGUCCACCUCGUUUUGUCAGUGUACUCUAUCAAGAAAACAUAAAGUCUGAUUUGGUUGUUAUAGAAGUAGAUGUGGUUCCCGAAUAUGCUGAAUGUAAAUCAGAAAUAUUCCAUACAUACCCGUUUAUUCUCACUGACAAUACUUGGAAAAAGAGUUUAGAUCAAUAUUGCUUCAUUCGAGAUGGAGGAAGCUCAAAAAAUGUUUUAGCAAAUGUACGUCACAAUUGUGCGGAUUACAAAUUGUUUUGUACUAAAUUGAAAGACAGAGAUGAUGCUAGAAUAAGAGCAGAACAUAAUCAAAAAACAAAGCAACGAAAGACUCAAGAACAUGGCUCCAAACUUGUGAGUUUAAUAACUGGAAACCGAGACACCUUGGACAAUUCCUACUAUAAAUGGUACAUCUUGGUUGCUAAUAAGUGCCAGACAAGCCAUACAAAGCAUCUACAAUUCAUGCAUGAAAUAAACUGGUUUGCUAUUUUGGAUUUUGAUCCAGAGUCAGCCACACAUGGAUUAUGUAAAGCUUACCAGGAAAAGCGGAAACCAAAUUUGCAUUUUCCAAAUCAAUACCAAAAUAUGGAUAAUGACACAAAUGAAAAGAUUCAAGAACUUAAACUACAUCAACAGCCCAGUUGGAUCUUCUGCAAUGGGAGGUUGGAUCUGAACAGUGAAGAGUACAAACCAUUAAAUAACAAGUUAUGGCAGAAAGAGAAAGCUGCUGAAGUUAGACAACUUGUGACUUUUCUUUCCAGGAAAGAUAUAUUGGAACGAGGAAAAUUUCUUGUUGUGUUUUUAUUGCUUUCAACCGUUGAAGAUAGUUUGGAUCCUAUGAAUGAAAUGUUUAUUGCAUUUUACCAGGAACUCAGGGGUAUGACUGACAUCUUAUGCAUUUGUGAAUGUGAACAAACUUUUCAGAGAUGGAGAGAUUUACAAACUAGAAUUAUAAACAAAGAGGAAAUGGAAGAAAGAUGCAUUUACUACCUGAGUAUUGACAAUAUAAAUGGAACAAUUCUUAAAUUGAAAUCUAACACUCAGACUUCUAGUCGCUUUCUGCCAUCUCAUGAUGGCUCUUCUACCAUUCUGCAUAGGAAAGAUGAAGAUCUAUUGACAUCUCUAGAUAUUCUUUGUGCAAAUGAAUGUCACAAUACAGAAAUUGAAAGCAAUAAAUCUAUGUUUAAUACAUUCAUGAAAACUCAGGAAGAACAUUUCUACCGAGGAGGCAAAGCAACAUGGUGGAAUUUCUACUUCUCAUUCAGAGGUCAUACAGGGUCUUUUAUAAAAAGGGACGUCCAAAAAAAAUUGGAAGAACAGAUAAAAUCUUGGUCUGAAUAUAACAAGCAAAUUAGUGUAAAAGUAAUUACACUCUUUCAUCACCCUGGGUGUGGAGGUUCUACUACUGCAAUGCAUGUCCUCUGGGAGCUGCGAGAUACAUUCAGAUGUGCAACUUUAAAGAGAAAAACAGAUGACUUUAAGGAUAUCUCAACAGAAGUUAUCAAUCUGGCUGUUCAUGGGUCAUCUAAUUGUGCAGAUUAUUAUCCUGUCUUGCUCUUAAUGGAUGACUAUGAAGAGGAUGAAACUGCAUCCAUUUUGCAGAACAGCAUUCAGUUAGCCAUAGCAGAAAGAUAUAUACGAUUUGAGAAACCAGUAGUGAUCAUUUUAAACUGCAUGAGAUCUCAGAAACCAGAUCGAAGCUCAAAAUUAAAUUGUAUGGACAGUGUUGCUGUAACUUAUAAACUUUCUGUGCAAGAGCAAAGAGCCUUUGAAACAAAACUUAAAGAGAUUGAAGAGAAGUAUGAAAAGCCAGAAGAUUUCUAUUCAUUUAUGAUCAUGAAAAGCAAUUUUGAUAAGAAAUAUAUGGAAAAAGUUGUACAAAAUAUACUAAAAGGUUUAAACAAUGCAAGCAAGGAAGCUCAGCUCAUCUCUUUUCUGGCUCUUCUAAACAAAUAUGUAAAGGAUUGCACUAUCUCUGCUUCAAUGUGUGAGCAGUUCCUUGGUAUAAAUGUGAAAAAGACAUACUGGGGUGAUGAGAGCUUAGAAGAUAAAAUGGGCGCUUAUUUUACAUUAAUGCUACCUACAGAAGUGGAAGAAUAUGGUAGAUAUGAAGGGCUACGCAUAAUCCACCCACUGAUGGCAGAGCAAUGCAUAAUGGAGUUAAAGAGCACAUAUGAUAUACCGCAGAGUAGUAUUAUGUUGGACUUGUUGCAAAACAAUGUUUUCCAUAACAGUGGAAUUGGCAGAAAUACUUUAAAUCAAAACAUGCAAAGUAUGCUGGUCACAAGACAUAAAAAAAUAUAUGGCGAUGAAACAGACACUCUCUUCUCUCCAUUAAUAGAGGAAAUACUAAAAGAUGAGGGUAGUACAAGUGUGGAAAAAGUUCUGAAGGAGGGUUCAGUAAGGUUCAAUCGGAAUCCUUACAUCUGCCAAGCUUUAGCAAGACACUACUAUAUCAGAGAGAAAAACUUCCCUGAUGCUUUUCAUUGGGCAAAGGAGGCAAAGCGAAUUGCGCCAACAAAUUCAUUUGUAUUAGAUACUUUGGGUCAGAUCUAUAAGACUCAGUUAAAGACCAUGUUGGACAAAUUCAGCAAAAAUAAUCCUGUAUCUUCAGAAGAAUUAAACACCCUUCUAGAAACUGCUCACUCUGCAUCAAACGCCUUUAGGGAAUGUCAAGAGCGAACAAAAAAGUCAGAAUCUGACAGAGAGGAAUAUGAGAUUGCAAAGGCCCGGCGUUAUCGUGUGUACAAUACAGCAGGAUACAUGGGCCAGAUUGAAGUCUGUCUUUAUACAGUAGAUAUACUGCUACAGUUACCAUGGAUCAGGUCAAAAGAUAAGCUCUCUAGAAGACACCUGAUGCAGUACUUAUCAGGUAAAUGGGACAUUUCAGUUGACAACGUUAGCAAAAAUUACGAAGAGAUCUAUAAAGUUCUUAAUGAUUAUAGAUCUUUUCUAACUAAUGUAAUAAAAUAUUUAAAGAAGGCUUUUGAUUUCUUCCAAGACUAUUUUGUGUACUUAAAACAAAGGAACAUGCUGAAAGAAAGCACGGACUAUAAAGAUCGUGAAAAAGUUUCAGAGUAUCGUAAAAAAUAUAUGCGGGUGUUCUGCGAAUACAAUCUAAUACAAAUGACAGAUCAGAAGGACGCACAAAAGAUGAGCCCUUCAGUACGAAUAGAGGAGUUCAGAGUAUGUCUGGAGUCAUACAAAGCUGACAGAGUCUCAGGAAUCCUGGAAUACCUCACAGAUUAUGGAAAAGAUGUUAAAAAACUAGAAGCUAUUAUAAAAGCCUACACGUAUUUAUUGCAGAAUCGCACAGACAAAUUCAUUCUUAGAGAUAAACAAAAUUUCAUUUUGGCCAAUAUUGUGCUUCAUUGUAUUUCUCCAAGUUCUCCCCACAUUGCGCCAGUUGAUUCCCUGAAACAGUAUCUUAGAGAGAUUCUGCAGAUCUGCGGUUCGGAUCACAAGUACCCAGAACCUUAUUUCUUAGCCUCAUUACUUUUCUGGCCCCAGAACAUUUACCAACUGGAUUCUGAUUCUCAAAAUAUAGAAAUCUAUGUCAACUCUUUGAGAAAAUCUUUUAAAAGCAAGUAUCGGCACAUGAGCCAUGCCAAACAGCCCAUAGCACAUUUCUAUCUCGGCAAGAAUGCUGGCCUGAAGAGACUAAUUCACAAAGGGAAACUGGACCAGAGCUUUUCUGUAGUUCAAGCAUCAGUCUUAAAUUCUCUCUGGCAAAGUGGGGAAAUAUGGAAAGAAGCAGAAACCAAGGAAUCACUAUUACUUUUAUAUGGCAGAGCUGAAAAGGACCAGAUCUAUAUAGAGUGCGAAAAUGGAAUCAAGAUUCCAGUGAGACCUGCUUACCUUGGACAACUGAGAAGUGGUAAAAGUAUUGAGCGAGUGUCUUUCUUCUUGGGGUUUUCCAUGGAAGGUCUAAUCGCUUAUAACAUCGAAAGCCUAUAAAAUCUUACCUGUUUGUACCAAUCUGGACCUACAGCAAAAUGUUUGGGUGUAUAGGGACUAUAACCUAAACAUUUUUAUAACCUAACACUAAAGAAACGUGUGAACUAUUGAGAAUUUAUUUUUUUUAUUCAAAUUUUAUAUUAGAGAGAACAAUGUGCAUUUACAAAGUUCAACAAUCACCCUUGCAAUGCAACAAGACAACCACAUAAAAUAUGUACAAAUAGUAUAGACUAAAAUAGGAAAUGCGGUAGUAAAUGACAUGAGAACAUUAUAAAAGUAUAUUAAACCAUUGCAUGGCAUUAUUUUUUCUCAAGAUAUUUUUAUUGAAGCAUUGUAAAUAACAUACAAUCAAGAAAUAAUACACAAAGUAAAUCUUGUACAGGAAAAUAGCAUAAGGCAUUCAACCAUGUUAUAUACGUAAAUCACAGUUAAAUCAAAUGAAUAAAACAAUAAAGAUGGGAAGUAUAAAUAACAAAUAAACAUAAAAACAUAGAAUUUGACGGCAGAUAAUAACCACUUGGCCCAUCUAGACUGCUUUUUUUUUUUUUUUUUUACGUACGUACGUAAAAAAGCUGUAAUACAAGUUACAUAGUUAUAGUGCAAGGAUACUAAAAUAAGUAGACAAAUAGGUACAUAGCAUGGGUGUAUAAAAAAAAACCAAGCCAUUUAGGUUAAAAAAUAAAUAAAUAAAUAAAAUUAAAAAAGUAAAUAAAAUAUAAAUAAUAAUGUAAGUCUGCCCGUCCGCCCCCCCCCCCCCCCCCCAGAACCCUCGAAACCCCGCAAUACCCACCAC